AUUUCUCACCAGAUUUCCGUUUCUGUGGUAAAUUACGAUUUUCCUCAGAUCUGAAACGAAGCAAAAAUCAGUACGGAGUAAAAAAUAAAAAUAAAUUAAAAGUGUUUUCUUCGCACAAUCUUUUCUCGUUAGGGUUUUAAGAGUCAAGAAUUGUUUGGUAAACUUUCCGGCGAACUUUCCGAUCCCGGCAAAGCUGACUUAAUCCUGAUCUCCUCCGUCUUCAUUAAUGUCUUGGGCUAGUGCAGAGGAUAUCUAUCUUUCUACCUCUCUUGCCAAUUAUCUUGACAAGAAAAUUCUUGUUUUGCUGCGAGAUGGUCGAAAGCUUUUGGGGAUACUUCGCUCUUUUGACCAAUUUGCCAAUGCUGUUCUUGAAGGAGCAUGCGAACGGCUUAUUGUUGGAAAUCUCUAUUGUGACAUACCAUUGGGUUUGUAUGUAAUUCGUGGAGAAAACGUGGUCGUGAUUGGGGAGCUGGAUUUGGAUAAGGAUGAACUUCCACCACAUAUGGUCUGUGUUUCAGUUGCAGAGAUAAAAAGGGCACAAAAGGCAGAAAAUGAGGCAGCAGAUCUAAAAGGCACAAUUCGGAAGAGAAUGGAAUUCCUUGACAUGGACUGAUGCACAUUUUACUGUGAUGAGAUUGCCAGGGGUUCUGCACUUCUCUCAUGUCUUCCGCAACUAUUUUUUCGCGGUUAGCACACAAUUCGGUGGCGCGAUGUUAAUAUAGCAACUUGCAACAAAUGAGAACCAAAUUG